CCGGAGUGGCUUCCCCGGCUGGCACCUGGACUUAGGCUAUUUCCGCGCACGUAAAAGCAGAAUAUUGGAACGGUUGCACAGAACUUCCAAAUAAUUUUUACCGCCACGCAAGAUUUAGCCCUGAGGUCUUAAUCUCAGGAUUUGGGACAGUAAAAGCUGUCGUCCCUCCCCCUCGUCCAGCCGGUGGCAAGCGGGUACUGCGGGCGGUUCCGUCCGUCCCCUUUCGCAGAAAUGGCAACAAAUGACCACCAGCAUUAGCUGAGCCAGGGGACGUGGGAGGGUUGAUUGCCUAAACGACUCUGCAUCGCCGCCUCUUUUUGAAACUAAGAGAAAAUGGUGGGAGAUCAAAAGAAAACUAAAUAAACACACAGGCAACUUGUCCUGGGACCUCAACUAAGCAAAUGAAGCCUUAUUGUGUGUGCUGAGCCUGCAGUUCCCAACCUUCCGGGGAAGAUGGGAGGACAGGGCGACAAACGGCACAGUAGGCUUGCCUGGCAGUAAGUGUGACCGCAGCUAUCUAGGCGGAAGAGCAGAGGACUGAAACCACCCUCCAGCAAGCGAGUGUCCGCCGCGUUGAGAACCUCGCACCCUACCCAUCGGCCACGUGACCAGUCCUUUUUAAAAAAAAAUUUCUUUGCCUUAAAAAAAAAAAAAAAAAAAAAGGUGGGGGAGAGACUCCACUUCCCAGAAGCCUCUCGUUACUCACGCAGCCGCAGUCUUGCGCAGGCGCUGCCAAGGCCAAACGGACACAUCCGUCACGUGGCCAGUAGCUGGCCAAUCCGGUUUGAAUCUCAUUUUUUUCCUCUUACCCCCCCCUUCUGGAGCGGUUGUGCGAUCAGAUCGAUCUAAGAUGGCGACUGUCGAACCGGAAACCACCCCUACUCCUAAUCCCCCGACUACAGAAGAGGAGAAAACUGAAUCUAAUCAGGAGGUUGCUAACCCAGAACACUAUAUUAAACAUCCCCUACAGAACAGAUGGGCACUCUGGUUUUUUAAAAAUGAUAAAAGCAAAACUUGGCAAGCAAACCUGCGGCUGAUCUCUAAGUUUGAUACUGUUGAAGACUUUUGGGCUCUGUACAACCAUAUCCAGUUGUCUAGUAAUUUAAUGCCUGGCUGUGACUACUCACUUUUUAAGGAUGGUAUUGAGCCUAUGUGGGAAGAUGAGAAAAACAAACGGGGAGGACGAUGGCUAAUUACAUUGAACAAACAGCAGAGACGAAGUGACCUCGAUCGCUUUUGGCUAGAGACAAGAUGGGAUCUUGCUAUGUUGCCCAGGUUGGUCUCAAACUUCUGGCCCCAAGUGAUCCUCCCACUUCAGCCUCCCAAAGUGCUGGAAUUACAGCUUCUGUGCCUUAUUGGAGAAUCUUUUGAUGACUACAGUGAUGAUGUAUGUGGCGCUGUUGUUAAUGUUAGAGCUAAAGGUGAUAAGAUAGCAAUAUGGACUACUGAAUGUGAAAACAGAGAAGCUGUUACACAUAUAGGGAGGGUAUACAAGGAAAGGUUAGGACUUCCUCCAAAGAUAGUGAUUGGUUAUCAGUCCCACGCAGACACAGCUACUAAGAGCGGCUCCACCACUAAAAAUAGGUUUGUUGUUUAAGAAGACACCUUCUGAGUAUUCUCAUAGGAGACUGCGUCAAGCAAUCGAGAUUUGGGAGCUGAACCAAAGCCUCUUCAAAAAGCAGAGUGGACUGCAUUUAAAUUUGAUUUCCAUCUAAAUGUUUCUAAGAUAUAAGAGAAGUCUCAUUCGCCUUUGUCUUGUACUUCUGUGUUCAUUUUUUUUUUUUUUUCUUUUUGGCUAGAGUUUCCACUAUCCCAAUCAAAGAAUUACAGUACACAUCCCCAGAAUCCAUAAAUGUGUUCCUGGCCCACUCUGUAAUAGUUCAGUAGAAUUACCAUUAAUUACAUACAGAUUUUACCCAUUCACAAUAGUCAAAAAACAACUUGGCAUUUCUAUACUUUACAGGAAAAAAAAUUCUGUUGUUCCAUUGUAUGCAGGAGCAUAUUUUGCUGGUUUGAAAGAUUAUGAUGCAUACAGUUUUCUAGCAAUUUUCUUUGUUUCUUUUUACAGCAUUGUCUUUGCUGUACUCUUGCUGAUGGCUGCUAGAUUUUAAUUUAUUUGUUUCCCUACUUGAUAUUAGUGAUUUCUGAUUUCAGUUUUUCAUUUGUUUUGCUUUUGUUUUUUUCCUCAUGUAACAUUGGUGAAGGAUCCAGGAAUAUGACACAAAGGUGGAAUAAACAUUAAUUUUGUGCAUUCUUUGGUAAUUUUUUUUGUUUUCUGUAACUACAAAGCUUUGCUACAAAUUUAUGCAUUUCAUUCAAAUCAGUGAUCUGUUUGUGUGAUUUCCUAAACAUAAUUGUGGAUUAUAAAAAAUGUAACAUCAUAAUUACAUUCCUAACUAGAAUUAGUAUGUCUGUUUUUAUAUCUUUAUGCUGUAUUUUAACACUUUGUAUUACUUAGGUUAUUUUGCUUUGGUUAAAAGUGGCUCAAGUAGAAAAGCAGUCCCAUUCAUAUUAAGACAGUGUACAAAACUGUAAAUAAAAUGUGUACAGUGAAUUGUCUUUUAGACAACUAGAUUUGUCCUUUUAUUUCUCCAUCUUUAUAGAAGGAAUUUGUACUUCUUAUUGCAAGGCAGUCUCUAUAUUAUGUCUUCUUUUGUGGUGUCUUCUAUGUGAACAGCAUAAGUUUGGAGCACUAGUUUGAUUAUUAUGUUUAUUACAAUUUUUAAUAAAUUGAGUAGGUAGUAUCAUAUAUAUAGAAUUAAA